ACAAAUAUGCCAAGCUCCUCAUGCCGAACCAAACUCCCGAAGUUGCAACCCUAAUCUCGCACCCUCCUCACGUGAAGUCUCUUCAGGCCGAUUCUCUACCGCGCGUGCCAACCCUAAGCCUCCUCUCUUUGGUUCUCCGGCGAAGCCUUGUUCGACCAAGCCCUCUCCACCGAAUUGAACAUCUUCCUCGGGAUUUUUUUUGGCGCUCUUGCAAUUCUUGUCUUUCUCAGGUCGUUCUCUAUGAUCGAGUGCAUUUUGGGACACUAUCUAUUGCGGAAGAUUCAAAUGUUUAAAUUUUUGGAUUGGAAGGGCAUGAUGUCGAGUGGAGAAGUCAAGAAGGUAUCUCGUCAGGAUAUACAACUAGUAAGGAUGCUUUUGAAUUUAUUGUUAGUAGUGAAUUUAUUGUGAUGCUCAUAAACUAAGAAUUACAUUCAAGUUAAAUUGGAAUGAAAGCUAACCGAGCGUGGGAAGAAAGAAUUAAAAAAAAUGUUGAAGAUGUUAUCAUCCAAUUUCAGUUGCCUUCAAUUGGAUCUGUACGUCAGUUUUGGUCCUAUGUUGUAUAAAAAGAUCAUGUGUGCUUUGAUACUUCAAUUGGUUUAUUGAUUUACAAAUUUGGUGCAUAACCAUCCAUGUUUAUAUAUGUUUGCUCCAUCCUUAUCUCUAGUUGCAGAAUAGUUUAUGUAAGAUAUCGGAAAAAUUAAAAUAGAUAGGGUUAUUUGGGAAAUAGCCUUAUAGAAUUUUUCCGGAAUUUUUAGAAAUUUUUUGGGAAUUUUUCGGAGUUCGUACGACGGGUUUUGCGGGAACAAAUUUAUGGGUUCGGAUAAAGCCUGUUUGGGAUACCCCGUUUAAGUGAGGAAAUGUUGGAUUUAAUUAUAUUUCUUUUCUUUUUCUUUUCCCAAACGUCGAUCCCUAACCCAUUUACCUUCCUUCCCCGAUAACUCCUCUGCCCGAGCUUUCCCCUCUCCGACGAUUUCUCCUCUCCUCCUCUCGGUGUCGCCGGCGCAAGCAACCACCGGAGCUUUGAAGGGAAAACAAGUGGCAGCUUCUUCUUUCCCAGCUCUCGGUUUCCUCUCUCCCGAUUGCCCUCUCUCGCGAACGACCCGACGUCGACGGAGGACGACUCUUCCUCGAUGGUCUCGGACUCCUUGCGUCGAUUGAGGACCUUCACCGGAAUCCCGAAGGAGCUGACGCUGUCCAAGCCUUCUCCAGUGAACCGAUCCCUUCCUCGACAGUUUCUUGCGGGUGAUCGACGAUGAUUCGGCGGAGCUAGGUCACGGUGGGGUUCCUGCCGAUUAAGCCCCUUUCGGUUCUCCUCCUCGAUCGGUUCAAUGGAGUAUGUUCCGGAUCGUCAUCAGCAGAGAUGGAUAGCGCGAUGUCGUUUGUAGGCGAUGAUUGAGGGGAAGGCAUGGGAACAACACCUUGAUGGGUUUCCUAUGGCAGAUCACUGUCUUCUGCAGCUUGCAACUGAUAGGGUCUCGGUGAAGGAUUGGAGGUCUAUCAAGAAAUGGUGUAGGGAAUCUUUGGUAGCUGUUCGGCAGGUGUUUUAUGGGGCUGUGAGUUUGGAUAUGCUGCUACCUCUUAAGGACUUUGAUUCGAGGCGUGCGUCUCGACGUGGAUUGGUUUAUCUGAUACGGUCGACAGAUAAAGAUAGAUGGUUGGAGUGUCGCUCGGAGUAUCCUGUCUGUCGGGUCCUAUGUCACAUCCGACGAUCGUUUCGGGUUUUGUUUCUGAAAGCUAGAAAAUUUGAUCGUGAGCAAGCAACUCUUAUGUGGGCCCUCAUAUGCUUCAGUGGAGAAAGGAAUUUGGAGUAGAAACAAUUUUAAAAAAUACAUAUUUUAUUGUCUCUGUGAACUUUAGGAAUUUGGCUGCUUUGUAAAAGCAUAAAAGGACUUGUCUCAUGAAUAUUAGCUUGUGAAAAUCGAGUGGCCUAUUAAUGUUGUGACUAUUUUAUGUAUUCCAAUGCAAGAGAGUUAGAAGAACCAACGCAGCAAUCAGAAAUCAGUGUGGACUUUGAACUACUUGCACUACUUCAAAGAGACAUAGGAGAGGAAAGGCUUGCUACUCAUAAUCUUUUUUUUACCUUUUCAACCAGUAACACAAUUAUUUCUAUCGGAAUGAAAAAUUAUAUGAUAUUUAUUUAUUUUUAUAUACCUGUAACACAGUUAUUCCUUUA